AUGGAAACUCCGAAAGAGAUCAUUCCUUUUGAAAAAGACUUCACGGAGCCAGCAGUUGUGGAAUGGAACCUCUGUCUUGUAGGCUAUUCGGUAGGUAAGCGUCCUUACUAUGAAGCCUUAAAAGAAACUGCUAUGCGUAUAUGGAAGCUCAAAGGUACUUUUGAACUUAUUGCUCUUACGGACGGUUUUUUUCUGUUCAAGUUCUCUUUACCGAAAGAUUAUGAUAUGGUGUGGUCUAAGGGGGCUUGGUUCUUCCAUGGAAAUCCAUUCAUUUUUCAGAAAUGGACAAAAAGUUUCAAUCCCACCAGAGAGAACUUCACAUAUGUUCCCAUUUGGGUUAGGAUUCACAAUCUUCCCUUAGUUUGUUGGAACUCUGAGGGAAUUUCAAAAAUCGCUUCCAAAAUCAGAAUCCCUAUAGCGGUAGAUGCUUUAACUGCAACCAAAUCCAGACUAAUAUAUGCUAGAAUAUGUAUACAAGUUUCUACUACCUCUUCUUUUCUAGAGAGUGUAGCUGUAGCGAUUGAAGGGGAUGUUAUCAGAAUGCAAAUUCAGUAUGAAUGGAAGCCCAUUCCCUGUGCUUCAUGUGCGUCUUUAGCUCAUCAAACUCUGAAUUGCCCUACCUCACUGCCUUCUUAG